CGAGCUCGCCCACGGCCGCCUCCCUCCCCGCGCCGCAAGGGGGCGCCCGCCGGCCCCUCCGCGGCGGCGGCGGCGGCGGCGGCAGCAGCGGCGGCGGAGGAAGAUGGCGGCGGCCGCCUCCGAGCAGCAAAGUUCUAACGGCCCGGUGAAGAAGUCUAUGCGAGAGAAGGCUGUGGAACGCAGGAACGUUAAUAAGGAGCACAACAGUAACUUCAAAGCGGGAUACAUUCCAAUUGAUGAAGACCGUCUCCAUAAGACAGGGUUACGUGGCAGGAAAGGCAACUUGGCCAUUUGUGUGAUUGUUCUUCUUUUUAUUUUGGCUGUCAUCAAUCUGAUUAUUACGCUAGUUAUCUGGGCAGUGAUUCGAAUUGGUCCCAAUGGUUGUGACAGUAUGGAGUUCCAUGAGAGUGGCUUGUUGCGGUUUAAGCAAGUUUCUGACAUGGGCGUGAUACAUCCAUUAUAUAAAAGUACUGUAGGAGGCAGACGUAAUGAAGAUUUGGUGAUCACUGGAAAUAAUCAGCCUAUUGUGUUUCAGCAAGGAACAACAAAGCUUAGUGUGGAAAAAGACAAAACUUCUAUUACCAGCGAUAUUGGCAUGGAAUUUGUUGACCCACGGACACAAAAUACCUUGUUCAGCACAGACUAUGAAACUCAUGAGUUUCAUCUGCCAAAUGGAGUUAAAAUCUUGAAUGUACAAAAGGCCUCUACAGAGAGGAUUACCAGCAAUGCGACCAGUGAUCUAAACAUAAAGGUCGAUGGCCGUGCUAUUGUCCGUGGAAAUGAAGGUGUUUUCAUCACAGGCAAGACCAUUGAGUUUCGAAUGGGGGGUAACAUGGAACUUAAAGCAGAAAACAGCAUUAUCCUGAAUGGAACUGUGAUGGUCAGCCCAUCGCGACUGCCAAGUUCUUCUUAUGGGGAGCAGUUCAAUAACGGCAACUGGCUGCGCUUCAAGCUCUGUAUGUGUGCGGAUGGGACACUGUUCAAGGUUCAGGUGACAGGUUAUAACAUGGGUUGUCAGACUUCUGUCAAUCCAUGCGGAGCCACGCACUAAAACACAAACCACUAGCAGCAGAGUUCUCUUUUGUGUUUACAUAUAUUUGUAUGAAGUAAUUGCAUGCCUUCAAGGAUUUCUGAUUUUACAGCAGUUUAUACUAACAUUUAUUACAUAAUAUUUUUAAGUGAAGGCUGUUACGUUCAGCAGUAUUAUGUCAUCCUGUUAGCUGUAAUAGUGGCACUGAUUUAGUAAACUUUCAGUCUACAUGCAUACUGAAGUAUGUUCCUGAAUUGGGAUCAGUAGAAUAUAUUUAAAGAACGUGAUCUUAGCAACAAUCUUGACUGCCUUCAGUUGCUUUUAGAGGAGGUUUUUGUCCUACAUCCCAACACCAUGAGGGUGGCUGAGAACACAACUGUCAUCUGAAGUACUUCAACAGGAAUGUCGAUUUGUUCUUGGAAGUGGAUUUGCCUAGGAUGGCUGAAGUGGCAGAUUUUUGUCUUCUCUUCAUUUCUUGCUAAAGGUUGAUGUAAUGAUUUCCCCCAAAAUUAUGUGGUUUAGCAUAUGUGUACUACGAGAGGGGUAAUCGCAGAUUCACUUUAAAAUAUUGCAUUAUUUCUGCCAUACAUUCUCAUGUAGUUAAAAAAAUGAUGCUAGCAUAAAUAAUAUUUGUAAAGUAAUAUCAAGUGUGGAAAUGUAACUUCAGUUUUGAAAUAGUCUUACGAUUAUUGAAGUGUUGUUUAAGGUCCCAUUCUAUCUCUGCAGUUUAGGCAUUCUACGGUUGUUUAAUUUAUGUGAAGUAUUUAUAAAAUGUGUUUACAUUAGAAGCACAUUUUUAAAGAUGUACUUAUGACUUGCUCACUACCCAAAAAAAAUGUUUUCCUGGGUGCUUUAAUGUGAACAGUGUAUGAAUCCAUUAUUCAACAGGUAAUAAUCUAAAGCAUGACUUGCAGCAGCAUCUGAGAUCAGAUCUCUUUUUCCCCAUAAAUAUCAGUACUGAUGCACUGAACCUCAGAAUUAAAUCCUGAAGUUAAACUGCAGGUCUAUAAUUCUAAACGUGAUGGUAUUGGAUCCUAUGACAGCAGAGUAAGUACAUGUGAAUAUCUGAAUUUGAAAACAGUGAAACUGUGUCUAUGGUGAACUGGGGCCUUACAGAAACUAUUCUAGCCUUGUAACUGCUUUUGCAGAGGUAAGGUGUUCUGUACUAAAAAUAGACCAGCUCAUUAUAAGAUUCCUCCUUUCCCCACCCCAUGUAUUUCUUCAGUUUAAAAUAGUUUUGUUUUGCAGUAGCAUCAAGUAACCUUAAUAAUGGAGGCCACGAAGGUGACUUUGCAAGUAGCUUUUUGACAAGUUUUUCUAGAUAUGCACACACUUCUCUUUCUAAAUGUUAUGCAAAUGUUACACAUUAACUUCAGAAUUGGUCAUUUGUGAUGGGAAGAUAAAGUAUCUACCCUUGUUUUUAUAGCUCUCAAAGUACAUAGAAUUCCACAAAAUACAAAUCAGCACCUGCUGCAACAAGAACUUCAUGUCCAAGGUCCCAAUUCCUGUAUUUACUAGAAGUCAGUAAAUCCUCAUGCAGGAUGUGUAUGGGUGGAAGUGAUUUCUAGAGGGGGAUGCUUAGGUCAGGCAUUACGCCACGCAGGAGGUCAGAGGGGUCACGUUUCCAUCAUUGCUCAAAGGCAAAGCCAGAUUUUGAUGCUCAGUAGUUGUUGGGGUUUUGGGGGGCAGACAGCAGCAGAACUUUCUAACAACAACAGAAUAAACAGAAUAAAAUGUAGCAAAGGCCAUUGAAUUUCUCACAUUAAAGAUUAUGGGAAAGUACUAACAUUUUGCAUACUGCCUUCAUGAACUUCAUAGGUUUACUAGAGUUAAUAUUUAUUAACCACUUCAACACACAUUUUGCUGAAAAUGUGCACACAUCUUUGCUGCUAAGUACUGCCUCAAUUAGUAUCUCUUACCGUUAAGAGGAGGAAAUAAACUAUAACAUUUUUAGAAUUUUCACUGUCAUGCUAAUGGAAGUUUGUCACUUUAUUUUUAUAUAUAUAAAUAUAUAUAUAUAUAUGCAUGUAUAAACAUAUAAGCAGCAGUGUCUUCAAAGCUGAAAUAGAUCUUGAAAAUUAUAGAUACCGCCUCGGUCAAGUAGAUUACACACAAAGAGCAUGUUAAAGCUCUUCUCUGGUUAAUACUGACAUGCCUAUAUGUUAGUAUUGGAUUCUUGUAAUUCUCAAGAAUUCUUUUUAAAAUACUGUAUGCAGCAUAGCUGAAAGAUUUGUCACAAAGGUACUCUUAAAUCAUGGUCUGGAGAAUUGGUUUUGAAGUCUCGAUUUUUUGUCAAAACAUAGCAAAACCGAUCAUACAAAUAACAAAUGAAAUAAAUGAUCAAUUUGUUAGCCACUAUUUAUGUAUUGUUAAUAUAUUUUGUUGCCUUCACUACACAGUUUGAGAAAUGUUGGCACCACAUAUGCCUCGUGUUGUGCAUUUUUUUGUUGUUUAUCUUCUAACUGCCUAAGGUACGUUUUUCUAUGCGUAUUUAAAACAUUGUGUGGCACAUUAUUUAUUUCAAUCCCACAGAUGCAUUUAAGAUUCUGUGUGUUUAAGGUACAUUCUACAUGCCUCUGUGUAAAAUACCAUACUGGGUACGUUGAAACAACUUACAUGUGAGGAGUUCUCAGUGUAUGUAAAGGUGGUGGUUGUUUCAAUAGGUGAAAGACAAUUGAAUUUCUAAUCUUUGUUUUGAAAUGAAACAAUAAAUUCUAAGAUGCA